AAUGGUUCCCUGCUCACCGUUGACUUGAUUAGACUCAGCACUGGACACCAAUAACCAUUCCACAGAGCCUGGGGUUUUGACUCCGCUAUGCACCAUUGCGACCCCACAAGUUUGGCAAAGAGAACUGCCUUGUGUGCAGAGAAGGAAACAAUUUAAGAGUAUUCGGGAGCACUUUUACGUCCUCAUGAAUAUGCAUCAACCUAUAGGAAUCAAACCCCAUCAUAAGUCCGCGAAUAAGCAAAAGAAAGAUGGAGCGAGCAGGUUCUUCUCAGACAUGUUUGGUCUCAAGCAUCUGAGAAAUUAUAUUGGCGAAAUCAUGUUUUUCAGAAGUCUCCCCAUGGUCACAAAAAGCAAAGUUUCUGCAGACACCAUGGAAGAGGAUAGAUUACCGGCACGCCCACCAAAAUUAUCAUGCACCAAUUGGGUGAUGACACGUACCCUAUUUAAGGGUAGCUCUCAAUCCAAUGCUACGCAAGACCAGUGCCUCGAAAGUGUGCUACCUCUAUUGCGCAGGCGCUGCCAAAUCCUUUGUGCAAAGGAUGAUGCGCCGCAUCGGUAUGCUAAUGAAAAGCCAAAAUUGGAGCACGAGUUGAAGUCCAUACGGCAAACUUUGAGUGCUCUCCUGCUCGAAGAUAUACGAAUUACUUUCUACGAUGCAUACUGUGAACAUCAGCCCUUUACUGGGGCCACAACAGUCCACGUCUUGAAUGCAGUAUGUAGGCAACUUGAUAUUCCUUCCACGGUUGAAGAGAUAGAGGUGCUCCAAAUGAAACUUGACAUGACGUUUGAUGAUGAUGAACAACGAGCACUGGAGGAGGACAUCACAGGAAAGAUCUUGUGGCUUUGUUGGUGUGGGAUCUGUGCGGAAGUGGACCAACUGUUACCGAAGAUUGUGGAUCACAUUCGGAGAGAAGGAUAUAUGAUGGGUUUGUCAGAGAUUUCCAACAUUAUUUAUUGUGCAGAGAUCGAACCCGAUGACGAUCAAGUUCAUUUACAGCGGAUCAUGCUUGAUGCAGGAGCGGGGACGUCGAAACACCAAUUGUGGCUUGCCGCUCGGGCUGCAGAGGAAGCCAAGUGGUCAAGUACAACUAGGGACACCCCUACUAUCAACAACAACGGGUCCACUCCAGAUACAAGCACUCAAACCCUCUCCCAACCAAUCGCUUAGCAAACAUGCAUAUCAUAACGAUUGUGAUGUUCACGCAAAUGAUGUAGCCAAUACUUCGUGAGUUAGUACUGUAACGAGUUUCCUUACCCGAUGUUGGAAGCAAUCCAAGAAAAUCCACAGCCAU